AUGCUCCCUUCUCUCUUCACCUCCACCCUCACGCGUCUCACGCCCCGCCUACCGGUCCUAGUCUUCGCAGCCACGUGGACCGCUUGCCUCACUCUCACGGUGGCUCUGGCCUCUUUCUCUCCUGAGGUUGCGUUUGUCUCGGCCAUUUCUUCGUCUUCCUCGUGCGGCUCGGAAGCGUCGAUAAGGGUUCUGGCCGACGUUCCCGGAGAUGUUAUCUGCUUGCCGUCUCACCUGUUCAGUAAGUCCAAGAUUGAUUUCAUCGUGCCUCCAGUUUUCGCGGCGGUCGUGGUAGCCGGCUCGGCGUUCCUAGUCCGGGCCCUUGGCUUGUGGGAGGCAGACGAAGCCCAUUGAGACUUGCUUUCCUUCCCGCCGAAUACUGCUUGUAGCAAGAAAUGAUUAGCAAUUAAUUGUAAAGAAUUUUUUACAUGCAUAUUUAGACUAUCAGUUAUAAACAUCGCAGUUUUCAAAUGUUUGUAGAGAGGAAUUGGUGAUUUUUACUAG